AAGAAAAUGUGCACCUUGUCAAGCAACAACUGUGUGCACCAUCAAGCAUUGGCAGCAAGAAAAGAAUGUUUUUCAUGAAUCAGGAGGAAAAUAUCAUUUUGACACCAAAUUGCCAAGGCCCAUCAGUUGUCCUUUAUCAAGAUGUGUUCUCUCAAUUCUUGAAUGAUCUCAAUGACCAAACUCUCAAAGUAACAGCUGAAGACUACAAGUGGACAAGAGAACUCCUCAGUCUCAUGGCCACUAGCUAUUCUAAUGAAACUGAUCGUUGGAAGGCCUUUAAUGAACACUUCAGUGAGCUCAUUUCUUAUACAAUUGAAACAUCAAACACUGAUGGCACAAUAAAUGGAAUUAUUUGUACUAUUCCUGUGUUUGGCAAGUAUGGAGCACGAAUCAUACUGGAAAUGCAAAAUGAAAUUGGAGAGGGAAAUAAUGAUCCAACAAUCCAAGCAGCUGUUGAGUAUGCAAAGUUCUGGGCAGAUGAGCCAGUAG